AUGUGGCACGGCAUCCAUGGUGGCGUGCCACCGCCUCCAGCUGCCCCCGAGAUUUUGGCUCUGGACGAGGGCGGGUUUUCCAUCGCAGUGCGGUGGUCCUCUGUUGGUGCAGUGGCCUAUGUCGUGGAAUUGCGCGAGGCUGGCUCUUCCACGGUCGAGAGAUUCGUGAGAAAUGCGACAUCCACUCCUCCGGGAGCGCCGGUGGAGCUGAGAGUCGCAGCAUUGAAGCCGGGACCUGGUCGAGCCUACAUGGCCCAGGUUCGCAGCAUUGACCACCAUGGAUGUGAGUCCAUGCCGUCAGAAGUGGGUCGCUCCCAAACGAUGCCCCACUUGCCGGACAUGCCAUCGAGUGCGGGCUGUUCCCCACCGCCAUGGCAGCAAGUCUGCCUUGUUUGGCUCCCUGCCAUGCCUUCUGGGUAUGGCUAUCCUUCUGGCAGUUGGAGCAGCCCGGAAGCCGCAGCAGGGCUUCAGGCACCUGCGGCUUCAGCCAGCAGCCCCGCAUGCGUCUUAGUUUCCGCAUUUCGCUGCUUACAAACCGGCUCAAUCGGAAAGGACAGCAAUGCAUGCUGGUGGGAAAAUGAGACAAGCGACAAAUGA